AUGGCUACUGUAAAAGUAAGUUGUAGCGUAGUGUUUGUAUGUGUGACAUGUAAAAACUGAAAUUGCCAGUUGUGACUUGUGAUAUAAGUUUUCACUGUUUAAUUAUUGAAUAAAUUAUUAUGGCCAAAGUUUGUAUUUUAAAAUAAUAAAAUGUAUUUUAGGUAUUUUAUAAGAUAAUCCACUAAUUUUUUACGUGGGUGACAUCAUAUUUAUACUUAUACUUUAAUAAAUAAACUUAAAAUAAUAUGGCUGAGCUAGUGCUAGAUAUUAAUAUUCGCGGGUGGGUGUUUUUACCAAUUGUACUCAUAACGUUUCUAGUCGGUGUCAUAAGGCAUUAUGUUUCUCUUUUAAUAACGUCACAAAAAAAAGUGGAACUCACUCAAGUACAGGAUAGUCAAGUACUAAUUAGAUCACGUUUGUUACGUGAAAACGGUCGUUAUAUAUCUAAACAAGGAUUUUACAUGAGAAGACAUUAUUUUAAUAAUGAAGAAAAUGGAUAUUUUAAAACCCAAAAACGUUCUGCCCCUGCUCAAACAGCCAUGCCUGAUCCUAGUAUGAUGACCGAGAUGUUGAAAGGAAAUGUUACCAACGUUUUGCCUAUGGUUGUAAUUGGAGGAUGGAUCAAUUGGAUGUUUUCUGGAUUUGUUACUACUAAAGUACCAUUUCCAUUAACAUUACGUUUUAAGCCUAUGUUACAAAGAGGUAUUGAGUUAGUAUCGUUGGAUGCUGCUUGGGUGUCAUCUGCAUCAUGGUACUUUUUAAAUGUAUUUGGCCUACGUAGUAUUUAUGCCUUAGUAUUAGGUGAAAACAAUGCUGCUGAUCAAUCGCGUUUAAUGCAAGAUCAAAUGUCUGGUGCAGCAAUGUCCAUGCCGAUGGAUCCAAAAGUUGCGUUUAAAGCAGAAUGGGAAGCAUUGGAAAUAAGUUCUCAUAAAUGGGCUCUAGCUGAUCUUGAUAAUGAAGUUUUGAAUGUAUUGUUAAAUAAAAGCACAAAAAAUUGUUAAGACUGUGAAUAUCUAUGUAAUCACAAAAAUUAAUAUACUAGCAUUACAGAAUUAAGGGAUAGAUUUUAGAAUUUCUGAAAUUACGUAUUGUAUUAGAUGUCUUAUUUGUAUGUAAUUUAUUUCUUUGGUGGAUUCAAGUAUAAUAUGAACACUGAUGGUUAUCAUCAAUAUGUUUAUUUAUUGCAUAAUAAAAAUUAAAUAUAUUAAACAUUUUCUUAUUAGAGAA